AUGGCAGUAACAUAUAUUGAUAUUAAGGAUGACAAUGGUGGUGAUAUAAUAAAUCAUGAAUGUGAACCAAAAGUAACACCAUGGACUACGUGUACAGCACAGUGUGGAAUGGGUUUAUCACAUAGAGAAUCUAAUUUGAAUGCACUAUGUGAACAAAUAACAGAGACACGUAUUUGCCAAGAACGCAGAUGUGAAGAUACAAACAACAUAACAGAGUUAACAUCAAAUUCAUUAAAACAUCAUUUAAGGAAAGGACAUGAAUGUAAAGCCACCAAUCGUCACUAUACACCCAUACAUUUUCGCUUUGGUCCAUGUACAAGCCGAAAACAUUUUCGACCAAAAUACUGUGGUGAAUGCACAACACCUGGCGUAUGCUGUCGUCCACAGUUGAGUACAACUGUACGUGUUGAUUUCAUAUGUGACACCAAGAAUGAUGAGGAAUCAAUUGAAAAGGAUCCGGAAUUUGAUGUGAUUCUAGAAAAUGUGCAAUUAGGUAUAAAUUUAUGGUCGAAAUCGAAUAUAACAUUCAAGAAUGAUGAUAUAGUUAAAACAACUAGAACGAUAACAGUGAAUAUUCAGUGGAUUUUGAAAUGUGUUUGUAAUAGUUAUUGUGGUGACAGUGAAACUGUAGUUGUUACAGAAGAGUCAACACAAAAGGAUACAAUUUUACAUCGUGUACACAGAACAGCGCCUCCAUGA